AUGUUAUUCAAGCAUGUGUCCCAACAAAACCACCUCGCACUUAAUUUAUUUGCUUUGAAUUUUUUACGUCAGCAGUGUUCACUUGAUUUAUGCCAGUCUUCAUUAUCAACUCCUAGUGGGUCAUGUAUUCAAGAAGAUUCUUCGUAUGCUGCAAGCCAUGCUAUUAUCUCAGGAACUUCCACUAUUACCGUUAAUACAGUUGCGAAAUUUUUUAUCUGUAAUAAUAUACCGUAUCAACAUUGCAAAUUGUCAACAGUAGUUGGAAUCAAUCACAAUACUGACCAUUUGGGUAGAAAAAGUAAGAUUGGUUUUGAGGAAGGAUCAUCGUUUACACAACGCAUCGCUACCAAUAGCAACUUGCAAUAUCAGUAUUUGAGCGAGAGGGUAACGGGAAGCUCCAGAAAUAACCGAUUGAAUUUUGAUGAAAAUGAUCACGUUGUACUGCAGAAGUUUAAAGAUCAAGUAUGGAAUCCAUAUUUUAAGCAAAUUUAUGGGGAUGCCAAGAAUUGGAUGACAAUCAACCAAAGUGAUACAUCACGUCAAAGUUCCGUUUCUGUGACGCCUGUCUCUUGUUAUGAAGGAAAUAGUGUUGAUGGAAAAAGUUAUAGCAGCAGCAAAAUUCCAGUAAUGAUCAUGAGGUCGGAAACGAUAGCACCGCAGUGUUUCCAAUCUUCUAAAAACUGCAAUUUGUUCACUCGGUCUUUUUCAACAGUUAUAACGGGAAUCAGUGAUCUAACGAAUUCACUUAUGAUGGAAGGAUCUUGUGAAAGAUUAGCAAAUGGUCUUAAAGAAACUCCCUUCAACAUCUCGAAACAAUUAUUAGAGCGAUGUGCAUUCUGGAGACAACCAAGCAUAUCAUCAUCAUACACGUCUAGUUGUCAUGAAGAAGUUAUAAAGUUGGCAAGAUAUUCUGAGUCAACAAAACCACCGGAAGUGCAUACUCACGGUUAG